GACGAAAAAGGUAAAAGGACAGGGACACUCGGUCAGUCCAGUCGGAUGCGGAGGAGGAAGAAGCAGAAGACGGAACAAGGGUUUUAGCACAUCCUUCCCUCACUCAUAGUCAUUCUUUCACUGGGUUUGUGGUUAUACUGCGAGCUAGCUUUCGUGGUCAAGAAGAUUAUUAGAGUAGCUAAAGGUUGAGUCUUGGAGUGGGAGUUGAUUUUGAAGUGUAAAUACUAAUCAAUGACUUCUGUCCCAUCGAAAAACAUAUGGAUUCGGCGGCAGCAAUGCCCCUGUGGGGACUGGAAAUGCUAUGUGACAUAUGAGGGAGACUCUGAAGAGGCAUCAUCCAUAGCAUCCCAAUUGGUUAAGAAUGAUAGUACGACAUCAGAGGCUAUGGUUUCCCCCUAUGUUGGAAUGGUGUUUAAGAGUGACGAUGAUGCGUUUGAGUAUUAUGGCAAUUUCGCUAGGAAAAACGGUUUCUCAAUUAGGAAAGAGCGCUCUCGACUUAGCCCACAGUUGGGUAUUUAUAAGCGUGACUUCGUUUGUUAUCGGUCGGGGUUUGCACCCAUGAAGAAGAAGCCUACAGGGGAACACCAUAGGGAUAGGAAGUCAGUUCGGUGUGGAUGCGAUGCAAAAAUGUAUUUGUCCAAGGAGGUCGUUGAUGGGUUUUCUCAAUGGUUUGUCGUGCAAUUCAGUAAUGUCCAUAACCAUGAACUUUUGGAAGAUGACCAAGUGCGGCUCCUUCCUGCCUAUCGUAAAAUCCAUGAGGCGGAUCAAGAGCGGAUACUGUUACUUUCUAAAGCUGGGUUUCCCAUACAUCGUAUAGUGAAGGUGUUGGAGUUGGAAAAGGGGAUUCAAGGUGGACAGUUACCCUUCUUAGAGCGGGAUGUUAGAAAUUUUGUCCAAAACCGUAAAAAGGUUGUUCAAGAAAAUGAUGCUUUGCUCACUGAAAAACGGGAGAACGAUACAUUGGAACUUCUUGAGGCAUGCAAGGGAACAAAAGAAGCAGACGAAGAUUUCGUUUAUGAUUUUACAGUUGAUGAGAAUGAUAAGGUUGAACACAUUGCAUGGUCGUAUGGUGAUUCAGUCCAUGCAUACACUAUGUUUGGUGAUGCAGUUUAUUUUGACACUUCAUAUCAAUCAAUCACAUAUGGCAUGCUUUUUGGAGCAUGGCUUGGCAUUGACAAUCAUGGAAGGACCAUUUUCUUUGGUUGUGUUCUUUUACAAGAUGAAACACCUCGUUCCUUCUCAUGGGCUUUACAGACUUUUGUGCGUUUCAUGAGAGGGAGAUUCCCACAAACAAUUCUAACUGAUCUCGAUCCUGGGCUUAGAGAUGCAAUAAGAAGUGAAUUACCGGGCACUAAGCAUGUCAUUUCCCUUUGGAAUAUUCUUCCCAAGGUAUCUAGCUGGUUCUCUGUUUCACUUGGACCACGCUAUGUAGAAUUUAAAUCUGAGUUUGAUGUGUUAUAUCGGCUGGAGAGUACAGAGGAUUUUGAGCUUCAGUGGAAUCAAAUGAUUUCAGUGUUUGGGCUUACUACUGAUAAGCAUAUUGCUUUACUUUAUUCAGUCCGGGAUUCCUGGGCUCAAUCCUAUAUUAGGGGUUACUUUCUUGCUUGUAUGGCAACGGCAACAUAUUCAAAAUCUGUAGAUGCAUUUUUGAAAGGAGUUUUCAGUGCACAAACAUGUUUGCGUAGCUUUUUCGAGCAGGUUGGUAUUUCUGCCAAUUUUCAAAGUCAGGCCCAUCGAGAUGUGCAGUAUAUGCAUAUUAAAACAAGCAUUCCCAUGGAGGAGCAUGCGAGGAGUAUUUUGACGCCAUUUGCCUUCAAUGCUUUGCAGCAGGAACUUGUACUCGCCAUGCAAUAUGCAGUGUCUGAAAUGGCCAAUGGGUCAUAUCUUGUGCAGCACUUUAAGAAGAUUGAUGGAGAGCGUCUUGUGAUAUGGAUACCAGAAGAGGAACAGAUUCACUGUUCCUGUAAAGAGUUUGAAUCUUCAGGAUUGUUAUGCAGACAUUCUCUGCGUAUAUAUGUGGUAAAGAACUACUUUCAGCUCCCUGACAAAUACUGUUUAAACAGAUGGCGGAAAGAAGGCUCUCUUGAUUUUUACAAUGACCACAUUGCCGGGACUAGUGAUGAUGAAUGGAUUCAAGAUUAUCAAUGCCUCACUGAAACCCUGUUUACAGAGUCAUCAAUUACAAAGGAGCGUUCUGAUUAUGUUCGCAGGGAAUUGACAACACAACUCACAAGGAUUCUCAAUGAGGUUAGAAAUAUGCCAGAAUGUGGAGGAGUAGCUAUGGAUCUGACAUUUUCCCCUACUGGCUAAUUUAAAGCAGUUGAUCAUGUGUAUUGUAUUGGUAACAAAUGCAACUGCAACAUGCUUUGUGGAAUUGAGAGUACAUUCAGAGUUAAAAAAGCUAUGAUCCCAAGGUAAGGCGAUGGUACAAUAUUACUUUGCAUUCUGUUUUUCUUGUUUAAAGCGGGAAACUGUUAACGUGUUGAGAAGGGAUAAUCAGAAUUCAGAAGUACCUUGAAAAUAGACUUUGUAACUCGCUGAUGUAUUAAUACGACAAGAUUCACAACACACACAGGAUGUGGAGAGAGGAACUUACCUAAGGUGAUGUACUCUCUAUAUUACUUUAGCAAUAUCUGAAUAGGGAAGCAUAGUUUCUUCCUCUUAAUU